CUGCCUGUGUCCUCUACCUCUGCUUCUCCCACCCCCUUUCCCUUCCUAUGUGCUCAUGAGCUGGUCCCCAGAAGAGUGCAGGGGGCAGGGAGACCCCCCCAGUGACAGACACACCCUCUGUGCCAGGCUGGUGGAGAAGCCCAGCAGAGGGUCCGAGGAGCACACCCAGUCUGGCCCGGGACCCAUUGUCACCCGCACGGCCUCAGGACCUGCCCUUGCCUUCUGGCAGGCAGUGCUGGCUGGGGACGUGGGCUCUGUCUCCCGCGUCCUGGCAGACUCCAGUACCAGCCUGGCUCCUGAUUCCGUCUUUGACACCAGCGACCCAGAGCGAUGGAGGGAUUUCCGCUUCAACAUCCGCGCUCUGAGACUCUGGUCUCUAACAUAUGAAGAGGAGCUGACCACCCCGCUGCAUGUGGCAGCCAGCCGUGGCCACACGGAAGUUCUGAAGCUGCUGCUGAGGCGGAGGGCGAAGCCAGACAGCGCCCCCGGGGGCCGCACUGCCCUGCAUGAGGCCUGUGCUGCAGGUCACACUGCCUGUGUCCACGUGCUGCUGGUGGCAGGAGCUGACCCCAAUAUCCCUGACCAGGAUGGGAAACGCCCCUUGCAUCUCUGCCGUGGGGCUGGUACCCUUCAGUGUGCGGAGCUGCUCCUGCGCUUUGGUGCACAAGUGGAUGGCCGGUCUGAAGAGGAGGAGGAGACCCCUUUGCACGUGGCAGCCCGACUUGGCCAUGUGGAACUGGCAGACCUGCUUCUAAGACGGGGUGCGUGCCCCGAUGCCCGCAAUGCCGAGGGCUGGACACCACUGUUGGCUGCCUGUGACAUCCGCUGCCACUCUCCUGCCGAUGCCGAGGCCACCACUACCCGCUGUUUCCAGCUGUGCCGUUUACUGCUGUCAGCGGGGGCAGAUGCGGAUGCUGCCGACCGGGACAAACAGCGCCCCCUGCACCUGGCCUGUCGCCAUGGCCACGUGGCCGUUGUAGAGCUGCUCCUGUCCUGUGGUGUCAGUACCAACGCCAUGGACUAUGGGGGACACACAGCCCUGCACUGUGCUCUGCAGGGUCCAGCUACAGCCCUGGCCCAGAGCCCUGAGCAAGUGGUGCGGGCUCUGCUCAACCACGGCGCUGUGCGAGUCUGGCCAGGAGCCCUCCCCAAGGUCCUGGAGCGCUGGUGCACGUCCCCACGGACCAUCGAGGUCCUGAUGAACACCUACAGUGUCCUGCAGCUUCCCGAGGAGGCCAUGGGCCUGGUGCCUCCUGAAACUCUGAAGAAGCACCAGCACUUCUACUCUUCCCUCUUCGCCCUGGUGAGGCAGCCCCGGUCACUGCAGCACCUGAGCCGCUGUGCGCUGCGUGCGCACCUGGCAGGCUGCCUGCCCCACGCCCUGCCCCGCCUUCCACUGCCACCCCGCCUGCUCCGCUACCUGCAGCUUGACUUCGAGGAUGUGCUCUACUAG